CUUGGCCAUCCUGCAGGCACCAGACGUUGGGGCGGCCGACACCCCUCAUCUCGACGCCUACCAUGGUGCUUUUUUUCAAGCUGCGGGGUCUCUCUGUGUAUGAAUCGCUCUGGGGGGGGGGAGUCGUCGCCUUGGAUCGCGGACGUGACGGGAACAGAGCUGGCGCCGUGCUUCGCCGAACAGAAUGCGCCUCGGUUUGUGCAGGAUCCGUCCAAUCGGGCCAGGCCAAGAAAGACCGCUCACACUGACACCGGCCCAAGAUCAUCGCCGUCGUUGAGACCUGGUACCUACGGCCUGUCCCACAGCCAAACCGUCCUCGAGUCUCGGAUCCUCCCGCGGUGCUCGGCAUCGGCGGUCAUCAACGACAGCACGCUCGCAGCUCCCACGACACAGAAACGCUGCGCGAAUCAACCACCGCACAGAGGGGCGUUGAUGAACGAGACAUGCAUUCUCCAACCUCGAUGCAGAAACGCCGCACGAAUCAACCACUGCUUCUGUGGUCGCUUGCUGCUCGUCGUUGGUGAUGGCAACGAAACGGUCGACAUGGGCAAGCUCAGGGCGAUUGUCUCGGUCGAUGGUGAGGGGCGAUUCGAUACUUCAAGGACAAGGGUGUCAAGAGUGUUCAGAUCCCGCACAGGAGGGUGUCGAUCGUUCACAUUCAGAAUAGUCCCUCAUAACGGUGCUCCAGGCUGCUCCCACAGAAAGAACCCAACAGGGAGUUUGAUUACUCGCCCGCCAUUACGAGGGAAGUGAGGGAUGGAUGGAUGGAUGGAUGGAUGGAAUGCAAAUGGUCGUGUGAGCGGGAAUAUUUGGUUGCGCUGGCGACGCAUUCAGCACUACAGUGAUAGCCUACAAUCAAUCAAUUGGUGUCGAUG